AUGUGCAAUUUAGCGCCACAUUUUCGCAUUGCUAUCCAGGCAAAUAGUGAGCACCCUGUAGCAAAAGCUGUAGUGGAGCAUGCUAAGAAGCUAUGCCAGAAGCUUGGAUCCAAAACUAAACACUUCACUGACGUAAACGACUUUGUGGUGCACCCAGGAGCGAGGGUGAGUGGAAAAGUUGGAGACAGAGAAGUCUUGGUUGGGAACAAGAGGCUUAUGAGGGAUUGCAAUGUUCCAGUUGGUUAUAAGGUUGAGAACUACAUUUCAGAGAAUGAGCAACUUGCUCGUACUUGUGUGGUAAUUGCCAUUGAUGGUAGAGUUGCUGGAGUUUGCUUUGUGACUGAUCCGGUGAAACCUGAGGCUGGUCGUGUCAUAUCUUAUCUGCACUCUAUGGACAUCUUAAGUACCAUGGUGACUGGUGAUAACUGGGCAACAGCAACUGCAAUUGCGAAGGAGGUUGGAAUCCAAAAGGUUUUUGCUGAGAUGGAUCCAUUAGGAAAAGCCGAUAAGAUAAAAGAUUUACUGACCAUCAAGCGACUGAGCACAGCUCCAAGAGGCACUAUUCCGGCGACUGAGCAGCUCCAAGAGACCAUCAAGCGACUGAGCACAGCUCCAAGAGGCACUAUUCCGGCGACUGAGCAGCUCCAAGAGCUAAACUCUUCACUGUCUUCUUCUUUUUCCUCUUCUCCAAUCUCCACCCUCCCCGUUGUUAGGGUUCAUGCGACCCAUCCUCGUAUAGGUUUUGUGGAAAUGCAGAGAUCUUGUACAUCAUUGACUCAAUCUCUUAGAAGAACGAGAGGGUUUUGCACAUCAAAGAACAGCGAUAAGAUCGUCGCCUCUGUGCUCUUCGAGAGACUACCCAUCGUUAUUCCCAAAAUCGACCCCGCUAUUUACGUUUUUCAAGAGUUCUCGUUCCGGUGGAGACAGCAAUAUAGGCGGGCAUAUCCUGAUGAGUUCUUGAAAAAAUCUGAUGCCAGGGGCAAAGGUGAUUACCAAAUUGAUUAUAAACCAGCUCCUCGGAUCACUGAAGCUGACAAAACUAAUGAUAGAAGGUCAUUACAACGGGCUCUGGACAGAAGGCUGUAUCUCCUCAUAUAUGGAACCACAGACGGGGCUUCCACUGAGAAGCCUGUAUGGCAUUUUCCUGAAAAAGCUUACGGGUCUGAAGAGACAUUACGCAAGUGUGCAGAAUCAGCAUUAGAAUCUGUUAUUGGAGACCUUUCCCACACGUACUUUGUUGGAAAUGCUCCCAUGGGCCAUAUGGUUAUACAACCAGCAGAGAAUGAGAAGGAUCUUCUGUCACUCAAGCGUUUCUUUUUCAAAUCUCAAGUGAUCGCGACCAACAAGUUUAAGAUUGAGAAGUGUGAAGAUUUUGUUUGGGUGACUAAGGAUGAACUGUUGGAGUAUUUCCCCGAGCAAGCUGAAUUCCUUAACAAGAUGAUCAUCAGCUGA